UCAGCAGAGAAAGACCGGAGAGUAACUUUGUGCAAGAUGCAGGGGGUUUCAGCCACUGACCUCCCCGCCUCCUCUCUGCAGUACCAGUGUGGAUCAGUGGACUACCUGUGUUCUCCGCGGCUGGUGAAGAAAGGUCCGACCCCCAGACCAUGUCACGACAGGCCUGCCAUCAAGCCCCGGCCCCAGCCCUCCACCUCACCCAGACAGCCGACCGCACAGAAACCUCAAGUGCCCCCUAAACCUGCGCACCUGCUCGCCCUUGGGCAAGACAAGAAACCUAAGAGGAUCCCUCCAGCGCCCUCCAGGCCUCUGCCUGCUCCCCCCCCUCCGCCGAAACCAAAGCCCAGUCUACCCCCUCCUGGCUUGGGUGCACAGCCGCAGAGAGAGGCCCAGAAGGUGGGGCUGCUCAUCGAAAGGUUCGAGAAUUCAAAGGUCCCCAUCCUGGGGGUGCUCCCACGGUCCCAGCUGCACCUGUGUCUGAGAAUGGACACUGCGUCUGACAUCGCUUCCUCCUGCGACCAGGACACCACGGCGAAGGUUACAGGGGACUCCUCCCCCGUGGACAAACUUGCACUUGUCACCUCCGAACGGACGGAUGAGGUGUCUGAACUUUCCCGUCUGGCCUCUGUGCACAUCGACGGCUCAGCGGACGCCCCGCUGGACGACUGUGCCGAGGAUGACAUCGCACACAGCGUUGGGUGCCUUGACGAGGUGGAGCGGGAGGAAGGCUCCUCUCACGAGCUCCUGGACAAUCCGGACUCCUCGGAGCAGAACGGGAAGAUCCCCAACCGGGACAGUGGCAUCGACAGCCCGUCCUGCGCUGCAGAGGGGGAGGUGUUCCCCAACGAGGACGCCAUCGACGAGGAGGAUCAUUACGACAGCGUCACUGAAACGGAGAGCGUGUCCUGCUGCGUUACCUUGGGCAACAAACGAGACUCAACGCAGGACGAGGACAGUGACUUGGAUGAGGGGAGCAGUGGAGAAAUACACUCUCUAACAGACACACAACCUGGGUUUCUGGCAGAUGCACCCUCAGAGGCGCACAAAUGCUCAGAGACUCAGAAGCUCCUGAACAUCGCCAAAGAGCUUCUGCACACCGAAGAGGCCUACGUCAAAAGACUCAACCUCCUUGACCAGGUAUUUUGCACUAAGCUCACAGAGGCUGGAAUCCCUCAGGACGUCAUUACAGGGAUCUUCUCCAACAUCUCCUCUAUCUACUGCUUCCAUGACAAGUUCCUGCUCCCUGAGCUCAAGACACGCAUAACCGGAGAAUGGGACUCCAACCCUCGUAUCGGAGACAUCCUCCAGAAACUGGCUCCGUUCAUGAAGAUGUAUGGAGAGUAUGUGAAGAACUUUGACCGAGCCAUGGACCUGGUCAACACCUGGACACAGCGGUCUUCACAGUUCAAGAGUGUCGUCCAGAACAUACAAAAACAGGAUGUGUGUGGGAACCUGACGUUGCAGCACCACAUGCUGGAGCCGGUCCAGAGGAUUCCUCGCUACGAGCUGUUGCUCAAAGACUAUCUGAAGAAGCUGCCUGAGGACGCUCUGGACCGAAAAGACGCAGAGAAGGCACUGGAGCUAAUCUCUACAGCAGCUAAUCAUUCCAAUGCAGCAAUCAGGAAAAUGGAGAAGAUGCACAAGCUGUUGGAGGUUUACGAGAGGCUUGGAGGGGAAGAGGACAUCGUUAACCCAGCCAACGAGCUCAUCAAAGAAGGACAUAUCAAGAAGAUGUCAGCCAAAAAUGGAACAGCACAAGACCGAUACCUCUACUUGUUCAACAAUAUGGUGCUAUACUGCGUGCCUAAACUCAGACUGAUGGGACAGAAGUUCAGCGUCAGAGAGAGGAUCGACAUUGCUGGCAUGGAGGUGCAGGAGAACGUGAAGCAGAACCUUCCUCACACGUUCGCCAUCAUCGGCAAGCAGCGUUCACUGGAGCUGCAAGCCAGGACAGCUGAGGAGAAAGAAGACUGGAUUCAGGUGAUCCUGGCCACCAUCGAACGGCACAAGCAAAACAGCGAAACGUUCAACAAAGCCUUCAACAGCUCCUUCUCCCGGGAAGACGACCACGUCCCUGAGUCACCGGGUCCCUGGUGCAACACGUCCAUUGACUCAGAUGGUGAAAGACUGCAUGAAAGGAAGAGUUCCAGGAAAAAGGAGAAAGAGAAGCAAACGUGUAAAGGCUGCAGCGAGAGCUUCAACUUCACCAAGCGCAAACACCACUGCAAGUCCUGUGGAGCGGCCAUCUGUGCAAAGUGUUCAAAGACCUUGGACAACAAAACGAGCCGAGUGUGCCCGGAGUGUUUCGAAGCCAGCCUCAGCCUGGAGAGUCUAGGCGUUAGUGAACAGAAGAGGAAAGCUGCGCCAGAGAGACAGACAUCUUUAUCGGGGGAGAACUGCCUGCUUUGUGGCCACCUUCAAGUGCAGGAGAAAGGGAAGAGCUGGAGCAAGAUGUGGGUGGCUGUGACCAAGGCUGAGCCGCUGGUGCUGUACUUGCAGAGCAGUGGACAGGAGUCCAAGGGGGCGCGGGCGGUGCCUCUCCCUGGGUUCGAGGUGAGCGUGGUACCGCCGUCGGCAGGCGAGAAGUCGGAGGUGAAACACGCACUGCGGCUCAGCCACACCCAGCAGACGUUGCUCUUAAGUGCCCAAGACGCAGAACUUCAGGCCAAGUGGGUGGACUUCCUCUCCAAAGCCGCCCGCGGAGAGACGGCCGCGGACGCGUCGACGAGCCUGACUGAACACAGGAAGAGCCAGUAGCGGCCGCGUUGGAGCCGCAGGACUCGCUCCCUCCUCCCUCCACCCCUCUCCUGUGUAUAGAGCACACAUUACUUGAAUUCACUUUACCUUGGCACUUUUUGUUUCCCCC